CGGCAGCAGGUGGUGGUGGGCCAUGAUGGCCACCAGCUUCCAGGAGCCCCCAUCCGAGGACACGGUGGCCCUUCUGCACCGGGCCAAGGAGCCGGGCGGCGGCGAGGCGGCGGCCAAAGGCGAAUUGAGCCCGGCUUCCAGCAAGGCGCCGUCGUCGAUCGGAGCCGCGGUGGCGGCGGCGGAGAAGAGCGACCCGACGCAGAAGCCGCCCUAUUCCUACGUGGCGCUGAUCGCCAUGGCCAUCCGCGAGAGCGCCGAGAAGCGCCUGACUCUGUCGGGCAUCUACCAGUACAUCAUUAGCAAGUUCCCCUUCUACGAGAAGAACAAGAAGGGCUGGCAGAACAGCAUCCGCCACAACCUCAGCCUCAACGAGUGCUUCAUCAAAGUGCCGCGAGAGGGCGGCGGCGAGCGCAAAGGCAACUACUGGACGCUCGACCCGGCCUGCGAGGACAUGUUCGAGAAGGGCAACUACCGCCGCCGCCGCCGCAUGAAGCGGCCCUUCCGCCCGCCCACAGGCCACUUCCAGCCGGGCAAGAGCCUUUUCGGGGCAGCGGCGGAGGCGGCCGGCUACGGUUACCUCACGGCGCCACCCGCCAAGUACCUGCAGGCGCCUUUCCUCAACGCCGCCGCGGCCGCCGCUUCCUGGUCCUUGGCGCAGCCCGCGCCGCCGCCUCCUCAGGCGCCCUCAGCCGCUUCCUACGGGGCCUGUCAAAUGGCGGCCGUGGAGGGCGGCGGCGGCAGCCCGGGAGGCAACGGCGGCGGCAGUCCUGUCAGCGCAGUGAAGGGAAUGGGACUUUCGGCCGGGCCCGGCGUGGCCACCGCCGGCGCUGCCUCAGCCUACGGCCCUUACUCGCGCCUUCCCGCCAUGGUGAACUCGUACAACGGCAUGGGCCACCACCAUGCCCACCACCACCCGCACGCCCACCACCACCACCCGCACGCCCACCACCACCAUCACCACCACCACCACGCGGCCCAGCAGCUGGGCGCGGCGGCGGUGGCGGCCGCGGCAGCCGCGGCGGCCGCCGCCUCAGCCGGCAGCCCUUCCCCGCAAGCGGCGCCCAACGGAGCCGCCGGCCUGCAGUUCGCCUGCGCACGCCAGCCGCCCGAGCUCGCCAUGAUGCACUGCUCGUACUGGGACCACGAGAGCAAACACAGCGCCCUGCACCCACGGAUAGACCUCUGAGGGAGGCGGACGAGCCUGCAUCGCCGGUGCGGGCAUACCCGGCAGCCCACAACGAGCCCUUCCCAAGGCUCAGGCGCGGUGGUGUCUUCUGAAGAAAAGCUUGGACCGCCUUUCCUGACCGUUUUCGUAUUCACCGAUGCCCGGCGCGUGCAGUAACGUUCGGUGGGGAAAGGGAGCCCUCCUAACCCCUCCCCCCCCAAACUCUUGUGCAUCUGCAGCUCUAGGGCUCCUCUCCGGGUGCAGGUGAAGGCAGCGCGACGUCCCACCUCCUCCUCCUCCUUGCUUCGAAUAGCUCGGCUUUUGGAUGUAAAUCCUCCCUGUCACUAGUUUUUAGGGGGUUAGGCAAUGCAGAGUUUUACUCAAUCUCCCUAGUGCAAGCCCUAAUAAAACUAAAGCUAAAGUCGCCCCCGGAUUUUGUUAGUUGCUUUAGAAACACACUGGCGAUACAGCGCGGAUCACGACCUUAGAAGACGUCCUUUGCGUGGUUAUCCCGAACUUACUUUGCAGAAGCAGGGAGAGUUGGUAGUAAGUAAUGUUUUUAAGAUCGAAACGUGGGUCUUAAUUGCAGAGGCAUUUGCUUUGCAUUGUGAGCUUAAACGGGGUUAAAAUCCAAAUCAAAGAAAAACGGGGAAAAAAUCAUAUGUUCACCGCUGCAGAUGAGAGGGGUCGAAUCAACAACUUUUAUCUCCUGCUCAGAACAACCAAACUACCAAACUUUAAAGCCAAAGGCCACGUUUGUUUAUUCAGAAAAUAUAUAUUAAAUUGUAUUUGAACUUCAAUUAACUAUAAAAUAGGGUGGCGAUGGCUGUAAAUUCUAUUGAAACGGGCUUCUUAGUUUAACAUUUUGGAGUCGUUUAUAUCAGAAAGAUUUCAAUUUGGAUUUAAGCAGGAAUAACUUUGACGCAAUUCACAAUAUUUGUAGAUUGAUGUUUUUAGAAUUGCAUCUAAUGAUUUACAUGAUCUCUCUGUUCUAAAUAUGUAAAGCACACCAAAUUUAUUAGGAUUUAUUUUCAAAAAUUGUUUCCAAGAAGGGCAAAGAUUUUCAACAUAUUUUUGUUAAUAUAAAUUUCAUGAAACUUAACACUUUCAUUCCACUGUACUGUGGUUUACAGGCAGUUUCAAAAGUUUCCUGGCUGGGUACAUGUUAAUCUGGGCAUUUGAGUAUACUGUCUGUUUCAACAAGUUUAGCGAUGUUUAAAGUUGAGAGGGAAAGAGGUUUGCAUUAAUGGGAUUAAUCUGAUUACAAUGGAUAAUUACUGAAAAUAACUAUUUGAAAUCUAGAAGGUGGGAUGUUAAAAAUGCCUGUAUUUUGAAUAGAUUGGCUAAUACUAAUACAAAUAAUGGAAAGCACUAGACUUUCACCGCCUUUUUUUUUUUUUUUUUUUGGCAUAGACUUGUCCACUGCGACCCCAAUGAUGGAGGAGGGGGACAAUGCACUUCUUCAAAUCUUAAUAUCACUGUCCAAAAUAGUACUUAUUUGGGCACUGUAUUGUACCAGAAAGACUCCUUCCUGGGCAACGUGUAGCCAUGUUGAUUUGAAAGGGGAAGGAAUUUUAAGAACAAGUUUAAAACAAUUGUAUAUGUAUUUUUUUUACAAAAAGAAAAUAGUAUUUUCUCCAGAUAAAGUAAAUUUAUACUGUAUAAACUUUAUACUAAAAUUAUUUGGCUAAAGCAAAGCUAUUCUCUAUUAUUAUGAAUAGUGGUAAUAACAGAGACUGUUUUUUGCAAUGAUGCUGUUUUAUACACACAUUUACACACACACACACACACACACACACACACAUUCUAGCCUCCACAUGGGUGUUGAGACUAAUUUUUAUCUUUUUUAAAACUGAAACUAUUUUGCCUGUAAAUCAAUUUUCAUGGGUGGUCCUCUGCUUUUCUCUUCUUUUAUGAAACAAAGUUUCAUUAUUUGAGCC